CCGGGGGCCUGGGGCUGGGAGCACAGGCGAGUCGGCCGGGCUCUUGGGGAGCAGCUGUCUUUCUCUUUUCCAAACUCAACAAAACCCUUCCUCACAGGCUCUGGAACCUGCCUCUGGAACCCGAGGACUAAUUGGAAUUCUUCAAAAUGUCAGUUAUAGUCCCCACAGCUCCUGAGCAAGCAGAGGAUGAAAUGGAGAAUCAGAUAAAGCCUCCUCACCCAAGGCCUGAUGCCCCUCCUGACUACAGUGCCCAUUUUGUACCAGGACCCCCUGCACCUGCUGUCCCUCCACCUGUAGGCUACCCAGGAGGCUUGCCUAUGGGAUACUAUGGUCCACAGCACUCCACUACCAUCCCCUUAUACCAGCCACCUGGCAGUAUCCAUCCUAUCCAGUACCAACCUGGCAAAUAUCACAUGCCAAAUCAGUUUGCUCCAAUAACAUGGAUGCCAGAGCCAACUCUUAUGCCAAACUGUCCUCCUGGUCUGGAAUAUUUGGCCCAGUUGGACAACGUACAUGUUCUUCAGCAUUUUGAGCCUCUGGAAAGGAUAACACGUUUUGAAACUAACAAUAGAUAUGAUAUUAAAAACAACGUGGACCAGAUGGUUUACAUCGUAACUGAAGACACAGACGACAUUACCAGGAACACUUAUCGGACGCUAAGGCCCUUCGUGCUCCGGGUCACUGACUGUGCGGGCCGAGAAAUCAUGACCCUGCAAAGACCCUUCAGAUGCACCUGCUGCUGUUUCUGUUGCCCCUCCGCCAGGCAAGAGCUGGAGGUGCAGUGUCCUCCUGGCGUCACCACUGGCUUCGUUGCAGAGCACUGGAACCUGUGCAGGGCGGUUUACAGCAUCCAAAAUGAGAAGAGAGAAAAUGUGAUGGGGGUGCGUGGGCCGUGCUCGACCUACGGCUGUGGCUCAGAUUCUGUUUUUGAGGUUAAAUCCCUAGAUGGUGUAUCCAGCAUUGGCAGUAUUACUAGGAAGUGGAAUGGUUUGUUAUCAGCAAUGGGCGAUGCUGACCACUUUGACAUUCAUUUCCCAGCAGACCUGGAUGUGAAGAUGAAAGCCAUGAUUUUUGGAGCUUGCUUCCUCAUUGACUUCAUGUAUUUUGAAAGAUCUCCACCACAACGUUCAUCAAGAUAAACGGACACAGCAAGUCAGCAAUUAUGGUUAAUAAAAAAGAAUUUAGAAAAGUUGGAUUGGGCUUACAGUCCCCUCAAUUAUUUGCAAAUAUAUUUAUCUGCUUUUUCAGAAUGUUUUUAUUGCAUGUUAGCUCUAACAGGUAGGCUAAGUGUGUUCUUGCACUUGAAAGAAACAAUCUAAACAUGUGUUUCAAUUGAGUAUCUGUCUACUUGGCUACUUGGUAGACUGGAAGUUCACCCUGAAAAAGUGAUGACUCAUUAACCAAGUAAACAUGUAUACAGUGAGCUUGAAAACACUUACCCAUGAGAUAAAGGAAAAUGAAUCCCAUAGCUUUCACCUUAAUGGGUAGUAAAAUGGUGAGCUUAAAGCAAUCUCUGCUGAGAUAGAGUAACAGAGCUUCCAUCUCUAACCCACUCCUACUUCUCUCCAUCAAAAUGUUCUAGUAUUGAAGACAAAUUUGAUUCCAGGUGAAAAAAAUUAUACUUCUCAUCUUCAAAAACAGAAAGAAAGGCAGAUAGAAAGACUAUAUUUUAUUGUACAAGAAAAACUUACCUGUGCACUUUUGCGAAGUUUAUGUUUCAAUGGAAAAUUUGAUUUUAUUACAAAAUGAAACUUGAUUUUUAUCCUAAGAUUUGUGUUUUUCCAUACCUAUUCCCUCAUUGGCUAGCAUGUGCACUCAGGAGCUCCCUAUGUAUGAAGACAGGGUCACACUAUCAGGAAAAGAGGCAACAAGGGCCACAGCCAAUCUAGGUCUCUGAGCAACAAGCUUGCAUUUAAUACAUGUAACCUUUCUUGGUCACUGAUGCCUUAUACAUAAAAUUUGUUUGGCUAAAUAUCUAAGAUUGACAGUUGAACUUUUUUAUCUCAUUUGAUGUGACACAAAGGAGAUCAUUGUUUUUUCUGUCGAAGUGAUCCCUGAUAAUCAAUGUGCUGUUUUAUUGCAAGAGUUGGAGUUUUGUUUUUAAUUUUUGAAAUGUGACACUCUUUGCGAAGUUUAUGUUUCAGUGUAGCCCUUUGUACAAGCAGUAACUACAAAUUCUGACAUUACUUGAUACUGCUUUGCUGCUUUUUAUUUAAGUGAUAGGUAAAUCUGUAUCUAUGCAAAGAAAGUGAUAAAACAGCAAACAUGCUACUUCUCCAUGACCUGUACUUAUCAGUAAAGAUUAUGUAGGAUCAACAGUAAGUACAAAUUGUACUUGCUUGUAUUGACUAGUUAAAAGCAUAGUGUAUUGCUGAAUACACUCUAAUAAAUCAACGAGCCUCUGAUGCUAUUUAGCUUCCUAUCUGAAUAAGGACUGAGUUCUUUCCGCCCAGCCACUAUGUAGAAUGUGAUGCAUUCUUCCACUGCUUAUUAAAUAAAGCAAGCCCGAGUGUUCUUAGAUGCGAUUACUCUGAGAGGAGGACUUUCACCCACAGUUCUUAUUGAAGUGAAAUAAAAGGUGCUCAUUUUUAAACUGUAUUCAUCUUUUCAUGGUGAAAGUUAUUUUACUAGUUUCUUGUAAUGUUCAUUUUUAUGUGCUACUAUAAGCUUUUUAAAAAAACAUGUAAAAGCUGCUGCUUUCUAAAAUAGUAAUUAUUUUAUAUUUGAAUACACAACUGCAGUCUUAAACAGACAUAUGUAUUUUUUUCUUAUCAUGUUUGACAUUUUAUAUAGGAAAUCAGACAAAUAGUAUUGAGAAAGUUUAUCUAUGUAAACUUCAUUUUUACUUGCUUGCAUCCCUGCAUUCUGAGACCUGCUCAUUAAUACCAAGAAAAAACAGUUUUUAGCAUAUGACAUUUUAAAUUCCUGUUUAAAUUUUUUGUGGCCUUAACAUGUCUUUUAUAGUUACAGUCUCUUUCUUUAAAAAUAAUACGUGUCUUAUAUUUUUAUACUAUGACGCAUAUUGUAAUUCCUAUACUAUGACUCAGAUUGUAAUUUACACUAUGACUCAUAUCAUAAUUUGUAUAUUUCUUAAUAUUUCAUAAAGUAAAAUUUAUCAGAUCAAUUAAAGAAACAAGUUAUUCUCUGACAUUUCUGUGUUUUUCAUGCUUCAUCAUAUUGUUUAUGGCUUUUAAAGAAAUAUGUUCAUAGUAGAGUGCUGUUUUAUUAUUUGACUUGUGAUUGAGCUUUUAUUAGAGACUGAAUGUUUGGGGCCCCCGACCCCAAAAUUUGUGAAUUACCCCAAUGUGAUGGUAAUUGGAGUGGGGCCUUUGGGAGGUGAUAGGUCAUGUGGGGGACUAACCAAGGAGUUGGUGCCCUUACGAUCUGCCAGGGCCUUAGUCUUGGACUUCUCAGUUUCUGGAACUGUGAGAAAUAAA